UUGGAGGACUGUAAUUGUGGAAAUAAGGUGAGAAAAUACAAGAGAACUUGGGGAAACGAGGGAAGUAAAGUGGUGAAUGAGAUACAAAGAGUGUCUCUUGUCCCAGACACUGACGAAUUCUUCACACACCACUGCUUGCAUUCAUAAAACAAAUGCAGGAAAGACGGAGAGGAAGCUGGCUGAGAAAGAUAUUUGUAUGCUGCUCAGCAUAGUGCAGCAGCAGACCAGUCCAACCAGGUAUGCAAGUUCCCCAAGAAGAAAGGAGGUUAAUCGCAAACGCUGACCCCCUGGAAGAGCAGCAAGGUAGAUAUCCUCAACAACAUCACCACGAUCACCACAGAUGUCAGCGGAAGGAGUCCUGAGGCAGAACCACAGCUCCACCAGAUCCUUGAGUGGAACAGGGGGCAGAGGGCUCCUGCGGCAGGGGGUCCUGACAGAUGUGGUGGUCCCUUCGCAGGGCCCUGGGGUCGCCCCACGGGGGAUCCGUCCUCAGGUGGCUGGGGGUGAAGGUGUGCCGUAGGAGCGCUUUGCUCAUAGUUCUGCUCUGGCUGGCCUUUUGGCUCUUCCUCAACAGUAUGGUGUUCGUUCACAGGAACAUGUUCUCUGACUUCUGCACCGAUGACAAGAGCAAACAGAUUCUGCAGAGGGUGUGUGACGAGUAUCAGCAGGGAGUACUGACCGGUGACCUCUGCGAAGACCUCUGUGUGACCGGUCAAGUGGAAUACAAACGCUGCCUCUAUUAUGAGAAUGGCAAGAAGGUCAUGGCCGCCAGUUGGCGUGGAGUGCCUGUUGUUCUCAAGUCUAAGCUGGAGAAUUUCUCUUCCUAUGAGGCUUUAGCUCUGCUAGAGUACCAGGAUGCAGCUGGAGGGAUAGGGAGCGAGGAAGAGCUCUCACCUCUGGAUGUUGUCUUCUAUGCCACCCUGGAGAUCAAGAACUCUCUUGGCUUGGAGACAGGAACUAAUUUGACUUUGCCACGACUCUGGGGCCAGAGGCUGAAGGAGAAAGAGAGGACUUACUCGCGAGCGGAACUGGCCUCGCUCUGGGCUCUGCUUCAACAAGAGGAGUACACGUUCCUCAAAGUGCUACAGGAUUUAACCCACCAUGUGGCCAAGAUCCUAGGCUCAUGUGGUCACUUUUAUGCCGUGGAGUACUUGGUGGCUGGACACACGUGGGACCAAAACAUCUUCUCUUUGGAGGAGCUGUCGCUCAGCCCAUCACCGAGCCCCUGGAGUGGGGAGGAAAGGACGUUAAACGCAAGAGAUAUGGUACCCAGAGUGGCCCUGAGCUUUCUAGAGAUGGUGGAGCAUUUUGACAAUGACUUUUCACACCGCUUGCACCUUUGUGAUAUCAAGCCAGAAAACUUUGCUAUCAGGAAGGACCUGACGGUGGUGGCAAUAGAUGUGGACAUGGCUUUUUUUGAGCCCAAAAUGAGAGACAUACUUGAGCAAAACUGCACCAUUGACAAUGACUGCAACUUCUUUGACUGCAUUUCCAUGUGUGACAGAAGUAAAAACAGAUGUGGACCAAAACGUAAAAACAGCAACCUUCAGGUGAUCUGUGAAAAGAUCUUCAGGCCUUGGUUUUCUCCCACGCUGCUUGGUGCUAAAGCAGGGCUCCCUCUACAGGUGGAGCUGCAGCGAGCCGUGCAGGAGUGCGCAGAGACAGACGGCAGGGAAGAAGAUGAGCGCAGGUGGAUGGUACGACAGCAGCUACAGGCUCUCCUCAUGGAGCUCAUUCAGGAGGACACAGGAAACCAGGGUGAAGGCCAGGAACACAAUAUAAGACGAGUCCAUACGGCACUUAACUUCUAAACCAACUUGGGACCUUCAAAAGAGCUAUAAUAGAACAAAUUCAGUCCUGUGCAAUGCUGGAGAACUUUUCUGAUGACUAUAUCUAGUCACGACAUUUGAAAAAUAAUUAUAGCAGGUUACUAUUAAUCUUUAAAAUAUGUCUUUUUAAAAGUUUUAGUUCAUGCAAAAAGGGAAAUUUUUUCAUCAUUUACUCCCCUUCAUCUCAUUCAGAAUGAUCACAAUGUGAAAUUUAGGCCAGAAGAUCAACAUUUUGCUGCUGAAUUUGGUCUACUUAUGAAAUUCUAACCACUGCACCCAGUGGCUGAAACCAGAAGUUCUGUUGAGGUAAAAUGUCCACAGAGUGGCGCCAAAGGCUAGUUAUAUUUUUAGUUGUAAAUAAUGAAAUACAGUCAACAGAAAUGCAUGUCCUAUGAACUCUACCACCUAACCCAAACCCUAAACCUAACUGUCAAUGGAGUAGCAUUUUUAUUUUAGAUUGAUAAUGCAACCUCCAAAUCAUGCUCAGCAUUGUUGAAGUGAACACGAUCCCUUCCUGGUUUCCUUGGUACCAGAAAUGUGUCUCGAAGAUUACUCAUAACAAUGGCAUAAUAAAAAUGGCAAAGGGAAAGGUUAACACAUUUUAAUUGAUUACAAAAUUAUUGAUGGUGGAUGAUGCUUGAAUGGGGUCAAUUUCAGAGUAUAUGAACAUUCAGAAGCGGCAUGUUGAUUUAUUGUGUGAUCAUGUUGUGUUCCAACCCUGUAUGACUCUGUUCCAUAUUUUUAUUUUUGGGUGAACCAACCGUUUAAUAUUGGCUAUAUGGUUAUGUACAAUUCUGUUAAGGGUGUAGAUUUGCCCCUUACUGUUAUGUAAGAAAAAGGCUAUCAAGGAAACUCUGGAUCAUUUUAGCUAAUGUUCAAUUUUGUUUGUUUUUUGCUGGAGAGAAAUUGUCUACCUGUAAUUUUGUGUAAGCAUUUCAAUAAACCAUG